ACCCGUCAUUGAUGACCCCAAAUUACUCUUUAUUGCUCCGUGAACAUUCAUCCCUCUUCCACCCUAUAAAUUCACACCCUUCCACUCCCAAUCACUUCAUUCUCAUAACAUUUGCAGAUAAUAUUUAGUUUAUUAAUUUGAGAGGAAACGCCAUGAGUUCUCUGAUGGUUAUCGGAAACAAUGGUGGCGAUGGUGAACGAAGGGAAGAGAAGAAGCCUGCAGCCCAUGCAAGCUCAAGGAAAGGCUGCAUGAAAGGCAAAGGAGGUCCUGAGAAUGCUUUUUGCACUUACAAAGGUGUUCGGCAGCGGACCUGGGGUCGGUGGGUUUCAGAAAUCCGUGAACCCAACCGUGGCAGCCGUCUCUGGUUGGGAACUUUCACCUCCGCCCGUGAAGCCGCCGUGGCCUACGACACUGCCGCCCGGAGACUGUUUGGUGCUGAUGCUCAUCUCAACCUUCCUGAUGAGGCUCCUCCAUCACCAUCACGAUCCACUGCUACCCGGAGAGCCGCUGAGUUGGCUGCCGCCGCUGUGGAAGCCAAAUACAAUAGUGUCCUCUUGGAGAUGAAAAUGAAGAAAAAAUUCGAGAAGCAAAUAAAAAUGCAGAUGUACAUGCUCAUGCUGCACCACCAACAGCAGAUGCAGAUGAAGAUGAAGAUGAAGAUGCAGAUGCAGAUGAAGAUGGAAGCUCAAGGUGGGAUCCUUGGAAACGUUCUGGAUUCAGAAUCACCUUUCAAGAAAUUGAACUCUAUGUUGCCGGAGUUUGAUGACUCCGCCAUGUGGGAGGAAGCAGCUUCCACCAUGGAUUAUCAUUCUCAGGCGAUUUGUGAUCCAGGAAUUGCGGCCUAUACCUUUAAUGAUGCGAUCGGGAUUGAGCUAAAACACCCACUGCUGGUGUGAGCGUCUUCUUCAUGUUCCAUUAUCUGUAAAUAAAUAAAGUUUGCAUGGCUGCUUAUAGUGGCACCUUCGUUUAGAAGACUUGCGAGUUGGUAAUGGCACAUGAA